AUGUCUUUUCGAUUCUAUCUUUUCCUCUUUCUUUUAUUCUUCUCCUCAACAACGACUGCCCUCUGGCCAAUACCUGCUUCUUGGUCUAAGGGCGAUGAAGUCCUCAGGGUCUAUUCCACCCUUUCUUUCCGUUACUCGGACAAUAUCGUGUCGUCCAGCGCUGAACUACACAAGAUCAUUCACAGCGCCACGCAGAGAUUAUUACAAUUUAUGAAAGAAGAAAAGUACACACCUCCUAAUAAGCUCAUUCCGAUACCAGAACGAAAUGCAAAGACUGUGGAAAGGAUGUAUGUUGAAAUAGAAUCUGACGACGUUGAAUUGGGUCCUGAUACCGAUGAAUCAUAUGAAUUGAUCAUACCCGUAGAAGACCAGCCCAUAACAUGUCACCUCAAAGCAAAGACUGUCUAUGGACUUUUGCACGGUUUAACUACUUUCUCUCUUCUCCUCUAUUCUCCUCCUUCCUCUGCCGAUCUUGUUCUCCCUGACGCACCUCACCACAUAACCGAUCGACCACGUUUCCAUCAUCGCGGCCUCCUCCUUGAUACUUCUCGUAACUUUUAUCCCGAGACUGAUAUAUUACGCACAUUAGAUGUGAUGAGUUGGAACAAGAUGAAUGUCUUUCAUUGGCAUAUUGUCGAUCAACAUAGUUGGCCAGUAAAGAGUGAAGUCUUCCCAGAGUUGAGUGAAAAGGGCGCAUAUGAUCCGAAUGACAUGGUGUAUAGCAAAAGAGAGAUUGAGACCAUUGUCGAAUAUGCCAGAAUGAGAGGAAUACGUGUAAUACCAGAAUUCGAUAUGCCAGGUCAUACGUAUCCUAUUUCAUUGAGUCACCCCGAGAUAAUGACAUGCUUGGAUCAACAACCGAAUUGGAAUUGGUACGCUGCAGAACCACCAUCCGGCCAGCUAAAUCCGAUUCUCCCAAAGACUUACGAUUUUGUCCGGCAAUUAAUAACGGAGCUUUCUUCCUGGUUCCCAGACAAGUUUUGGCAUACCGGCGGUGACGAGGUGAACACUCACUGCUGGGAAUCUACAGAUUCGAUUCGCGAAUAUCUCUCGUCUAAUCCCGGAACAUCUAUCUCAAUGGUAUUACAAACAUUUCUCAACGUUGAAUACGAUGCAGUUAGGGGUUCAGGAAAAACACCCAUAACUUGGGAGGAGAUACUGUUGAAUCAGAGAAUGGGUCUGGCAGAAGAUGUUGUGAUCCAAGUGUGGACAAGCAGUGACCGAGUGAAGCAAGUAGUCGAUAUGAAUUAUAGAGUGAUUGUAGGACCGGCUGAUUAUUGGUAUUUGGACUGCGGACAUGGAGCUUGGGUUGGUGAUUGGGUAAAUGGGAAUAGCUGGUGCGAUCCAUUCAAAACGUGGCAAAAGAUGUAUUCUUAUAACCCAGUUCAAGGUCUCAGCGGAGAGGAAAUCAAGUAUAUUUUAGGGGGUGAGGUGUUGCUCUGGUCCGAACAAGCCGAUACUACAAACUUUGAAUCUCUUCUCUGGCCGCGUUCUUCUGCAGCCGCUGAGAUUCUCUGGUCUGGUGCUACCGACGAGCAUGGCAAUCCAAGAAGCGUACAGACAGCUCUCCCUCGGUUGCAUGACAUGCGAUUCCGGAUGGUUGGCAGGGGUAUUAGGGCCGAGCCAUUACAACCGCUUUGGUGUGCUAGGACUGGCAGGUGCAAUCUGCCGCCAAGCAUGCAGUAG